AUGUCGGAAUUUGGUCCGGGCUGUACCAAUGGAUUUGUUGAUCGCCCUCAUCGUGUAUUUUCGUUAUAUGGAACGCUCAUUACCAAAAAUGUGAGCUUAGUAUGCCCACACAACCACUGACAUAUCAUCUAGGUUUGUGCCGACGUCGUGGAUGGGAAGAUCCGCACUACUCGUCAUACAGAAGUGAAUCGGGAUACACCUGUUUUGUAGAGGUCAAUGGGCGACAAUACCAAACCGAUCUCGCCUACGAGUCCGGAGGGUUGGCCCAGGAGAACGCAGCAAUGCGUGCAUUCAUGGUCUGCCGAAACUUCUCGGUCAAUGGGGGAAUGUUGGCUCGCAAUGGCGUUGUCCAAGGACUGCCUGCCAAUGAGAGCAGUAGCCGACACCGAAAACGAUCAGGAGCCAGAAGCCAUUCAGUCAAUUUGAGCAGCAGCAGUUCCACGACUUCUUCGGAGUGAGAUGUGUAGACACUGAACGACAGGACCCGCAACAAACAAGGAUUCAAUUGUCGGUUUUUCUGGCUGCAGACAUCUAAUGCCCCAUCUUCAACCCCAACCAUAACUACUCUGCUCAUACUUACUGGAUAAAACCGAUCGAUGCGCAGAGCACCUCCUCAUCCCUUUGAAGAAAUCAAGGGCCACACAAUUUCACGAAAUCAAACGAAAUGACGCGAACGAAUGAAUAAAAGAAAAAUCCCCGGCCUGGCAACGAGGCAAAAAGAAAAGUUUACGAACGCUCGACACGACAGAAGAAUCCGUCAAAAAUACUUAACAACCAUGCAAUGUAGCGGACGAAUUUCAUUUCUCCUCCAAAAUAAAAAACCCCUUAUAACUUUUUCCCCCCGAAUAUUAUCAAGAGAAUAUUUUCUUCGAGGCUAGGCAAGGGUAUUAUACAGCACCAGCCACUUGGGAUCAAAACAGAGGCAACUCUGAAAACGCUUACUGUCUUUACGGGACUGGCUUAACUUCUUUUUAUCUCUCGUUUUGCGAAUUAAAGGCAUGGAGGGGUGUUUUCUGUCGUUUCAUUUUCAUGAUCAUUACAUUGGGGGCGGCGGUUUGAAGAACCUUUUUUUCUCUCUCUCAUUUUGAUUUAACCUGAGUGCAUUUAGCCAGCGUGGUGGCAGCGUUUGAAACUUUUUCUGAGAUGAAUUGAUGUUUACGACUUCUCUUUUACUCCAACUGGGUGGUUCGUUUUUGUUUUUGCUUGGGUGAAAAAGGAAAUGGGUUGGAUUGAUGUGUGGUGGGAGUGGAGGAUUGAUUGAUUGACUGACUACGAGUACCUUUUACGAUAAAUGACUAGAUGAAAAAUAAAAAUUCCAUGGGCAAC